AUGUUUUCAGAGAGCUCUAUCGAUUACGAUUACGAGCUCACCAUGAGCCAGGAGUAUUUGAAUCUCAAUUUAAAUGAUAAUGGUCCGGAAAAGGUUUCUCGAAGCGAAGCUUCGGGCUCACAUGUUGACGAAAGAGCCUUACGAAUGAUGCAAAAAAUGGGUUACAAGGAAGGCUACGGAUUAGGCAAGAAUGAACAAGGCAUAACUAAACUCGUAGAUUUCAGUUACCAAUUGGGCAAAAAAGGAUUCGGCCUUAAACUCAAAAAAAUUGAAGACAAUAUGGAAACGUGGGAUUUCAAUAAAGAUGAAGUAUUUGUAAAAGAAAAUUUAUCUUGGUUGAGCAGCGACCGCCCGUUGAAUUCCAGUUUCGAAGAAAUGUGUUCUUGGAUUGAGGAGGGAUCACCUAUUACCGAUAUUAACACUCAAUCAAACUUCUGCGAUGAGAAAAUCCUAACCGAAGUAAUUAAAGCAAAGGACAUAUUUGAUGAAAUGGACGCGUUAGAGCUCUGUCAGGCUAGAGCUAGAUGCAAUCCCUUCGAGACGGUUCGAUCGGUCUUUUUCAUGAACAGGGCCGCUUUGAAAAUGGCUAAUAUCGAUGCAAUCACCGAUUUCGAGUUCACAAAUAUCGAUAAAAACGAGUAUUUUAAAGACGACAAAGGCCCAUUUUACUUUGCCGAUGUGUGUGCGGGUCCUGGGGGUUUCACUGAAUACAUCCUGUGGAGGAAGAAAUGGCUGUUCAAAGGCUUCGGGAUGACGUUGAAAGAUGAUAAUGAUUUUAAACUGUACGAGUCCUAUUGUGCAUGUCCUGCUACGUUUCAAGCUUUUUAUGGAAAAGACGGCGAUGGCAAUGUGUGCUCUCCAAACAAUAUUUUGGAUUUUAAGGAGAAAGUUUUGUGCGAAACUGGGGGAAAAGGAGUCCAUUUUAUGAUGUCUGACGGGGGGUUCUCAGUGGAAGGCAAUGAGAACUUUCAAGAAAUUCUCUCGAAAAGCAUUUACCUUUGUCAAUGUUUGGUAGCACUAGAAAUAGUGAGAUCUCAUGGACAUUUUGUUACUAAAUUAUUUGAUGUUUUCACCUCGUUUAGUGUUGGUUUGUUGUUUUUGAUUUACCAUUGCUUCGAAAAAGUUUCUAUUAUAAAACCUAAUUCUUCGAGACCGGCAAACAGUGAGAGAUAUUUCGUUUGUACGAAUUUAAAACGAAAUACUCCAUAUUUCGAAAAUCUUAAAAAGUAUUUGUGGACCAUUGUGAAUCAAUUAUGGGAAAGGAAUGAUCCUAGUAUUGUAGAUAUUUUGGAAAUUGUGCCCUUGGAAGUUAUAAAAAAAGACGAUAAAUUCUUUAAGUAUAUUUUCGCUAGUAAUAACUGUGUAGCAACGUAUCAGACAUUUUCAUUGAGGAAAUUAGCAACAUUUUGUCGAAAUCCGACCUUAGUCGAAUGUAGACAAAGCCAAUUAAGGAAGGAAUGCUUGGAAUUUUGGAAAAUUCCUGAUAAAAAGAGAAUACCUAUACCUCACCUAAAUCCCUCAGAACUUGUGAAUACUAUUUUUGAUAAACUUGAUAUAAUGUUAGCACCGCCUAGAGAAAUUGUCCAAAUCAAAACUUUUAACGAACUUAUUGUGUGUUUAGAGGAUUGGUAUUAUUUUCCUUUAUUCAGUUCACUUAAUAAAAAUAACUGUAAUUUUUAUGCUAGUACAUCAUAUUCUAAGGUAUACAGAUUACAGAACCAAAAAUGGGUAAAAAUUAAAAAUAUCCAAUUAUCAAAACAUACUCUGUGUUAUGGUGAAUUUGUAAAAGAAACGUGCAUUACAAAAUCGGAAACUAACAAUGAAAUUGAAAAUGUGAGAUACAGUUUACAUAUCAUUGAUGCAAUUCAACUGGGCGAUUGUAAUUUAACGAAUAUGAAUUUUUCUAAAAGACAAGAAAUGAUUGACACUUAUUGUAAAUCUUUGAACAAAGAAAACCAACGCAAUUUAGCUAGAAUUCGACCAAAGAUGGUGGAUAAAUUGGUAAACAUUUCAUCGGAAUGUUUAAUAUCACGAGAGGAAAAUGGUUUGUUUUCCAAGUUACCCUUGCUUGGAUACAAUUCAAUUUCGGAAACUUUUAUCGUAAACUCGAUAUUGUUGUUUAAAAAUAAUUUGAAUCAGCCUUUUUCAUGGUCUUAUGUAUUAAGAGUACAAAUAUUUUUAAAAGACAAGGUGAAUGAAGAAGGUGUCUCUUUAGAAGAUAUUUUAAACGAAGUAAAACGGAGAUUAUGA